AUGGGACCGCUCGGCGCCUCAAUUCGCGCCUUGCGACCUCGCUGUGGCCUGCUUGAGCCUGACAUUCCUCCCGUCGCGGUCCGCGUCUCCCGCUACGCAACCAUCUCCAAGGCUCUGAGCCGCAGUGCUGUCGAUUCCCGCCAUUGUACAGAGAAAAAGCUUUCCAAAUUGGUUCUCAGCCUGCGCAGCUUUAUGGACGAGCAUUUUGGCCGCACCGCGAAGCCGGAAACCCGCACCAAGCUCACCAUGUUCCCCACAUCCAUCUUCGCCGACUUUUCCGAGUUUGGUCCCCUCUGCGCCUUGCUAAAGGUGUGCUUUCGGUACGCGGCCGAACAUGGCCUGCUCCCACUAAACUUUGAUGAUGCAAGCAAGGAAGAUGAUUUGCUGCGCCUAAUUUUCCAUGCUGAAAAGACUCUCAAGAAAGAUCAUUUUUUCCGCGUCAUCAAGAUUUUCAUAUCCCCACUCAUCGAGCAGGAGGAGUCUGAAUCGCUGAGAGCAACCGCUCAGAGACAUGGUGCUGCGGUCGUCUCCAACUCUCACGUCGCCACACAUCUCAUCUACCCUGACCCCGACGGCACCCGCGAGAACCAGACAGACGGACAAGCACUCGUACGGGUGCUUGAACGGACAGACUUCCGAGGUGAAACUUUUGCCUUUCUCCACUGGCUUCAUCACCCGGACUCAUACAACGACUGGGUUCCGGCUUCCGAAAUUCUCGGUCAUGUUUACAUUCCGAGACGAAGAAAAGAAAGAGAACAAUGGCACGUGCAAGCACGAUGGCUGCGUGAUUUGGCUCUCUACAAUGACUGGAUGAAUGAACUGGACUAUGAAAUGCCCCAAGACUUUCCGGAUCUUGCCGGCCUCUCCCCAAAAACAGUCGAACUGGAUGCAAAAGGGCACGAACCGCGCGCGCUUGUGAAAAUACGUCUGCGAAUGCCAAGGGAAGAUGAAAUUGGCAAGCAAGCGAGCCUCCUUGGGGCAUCGAAAGGAGUUGCGCUGCCGCCUCAUGCAAAUGGCUUCGCAGAUGCCAGUGACAUGCGAGAUGCAAACGGGGAUCACGCCAUGAUAGAUGUUGGUGACUUAUCUGAUGAAGAUGCCGACGGCUAUCGUCAUCCAAAUGAAUCCAAUGGUUCGUCAAGCGCUCCCGGCAGUGGGACAACUACAGGCCAGACCACGAAAAUAUCUGUGGGUGAUGGCGUCUUCAUCCCUUUUUUUUCUAAGUGGUUUCGGAUACAGUCUGUGCACGAUAUAGAGCGAAGGGCAUUACCGGAAUUCUUCGAGCAGCGAUAUGCUUCGAAAAACGAGGAUACCUACAAAGAAACACGCAACUUCAUGAUCAGCACAUGGCGUCAGGGCCGCAACGAAUACCUUUCGAGUACAGCUGUGAGAAGGCAUCUAGCCGGGGAUGCAUGCGCAGUGUUGCGUUUACACGGAUUUCUUGAGCACUGGGGUCUCAUCAACUACGAGUGCUCAGCGCAAGGAGCUGCACCAGCUUCUUUCAUCCCCCCUCCACGCGCUCUCCCUCUCCGUGCAGGGCAUGAAAGAGACGAUUCUGUCCGAGCCAAUGCUCAGAUUGUUCUUGACGACGGCAGCAGGCCGGCAAUAGAAGGCGGGAAAGUUGUGAAAUAUGGCAGAAAUGAUGAAGUUGUUGGCAACAGCACAUCAGAGGCCGUACUAAUUCGUGACAGUGACAGGAUGGGUCAAGCUUUGCCUAUCGCAGAGUCGCCAGCGCGAGAGCCGAUCGAGUAUCAUUGUGAUUCAUGCGGAGUAGAUUGCUCAGUGUUGAGAUUCCAUUGCGCAACGAAAGCGGAUGUUGAUCUCUGUGCUUCAUGCUAUCAGAAUGCAAAGUAUUCUUCCUCGAUGAAGCCUCGAGAUUUCAUUCAAAUGAACUCGGCUGGUGCUCAUGGUGGACCAGAUGAAACAGAAGGAGAUGUUUGGACAGAAAGUGAGACACUACUUCUGCUGGAAGCGUUGGAGAUGUACGGCGACAACUGGACCCUUGUGUCGGAGCACGUUGGGUCGAAGGGAAACAGCCAAUGUGUGAUUCAGUUCCUUCGGCUUCCCAUUGAAGACUCCUUCCUCAAUACCACGGCGAGGUCGUGGUGGUCUGUUGCGCCUCCAGGAAAUGGUGAUGAAAGUUCGCCUCUCGACAUGCUUCGAGCAGCAGGUGCCCGCGAGGCGGCCUUGGCCAAGGUGAACACCACAAAAUCUUCAGAGAUAUCUCUAUCUGGGCAACCACUAGUAUUUGGUGACCAAAUUAGCACCAUCAUGCCAUUUGCGAGUAAGUUGGUAUCGCUUUGUCCCCCAGAUACUGUGAAGGAGUUAACUCGGGUCUUUGGGGUGGGGAGCUCGAGAAAACGGCAAAGGAGCUACCUGGAUGUGUUUUUGAAGGAAAGUUGUAGAAGAACGGACAAAAACAACGACAGUGGAAAGGAGGAAUCACUUGAGGACCUGGUAGGAUGUUUCACGACUAAUCGUGUCUACAAGAAGAUGCGAAAAAUGAUCCCUACUCCUGCGAGUUUUCUCCGAACUGAGAAAGGGGAUAAAGUGGGACGUGCAACAUUCUCCCUUGUCAGACACGGAGCAAUCCAGAGCAACGAAGCCAUUCGACUGCUACUCGACCCAUCGCCAAGCGCUCUACACCAGAUGGAAAGGCCCGACCGCGGAAGUGCAGCUGAGCAUGUGGAGAGAGCAGCACCAGCUGUAGAAAAAGCCAGCAAAACAAAACCAAAAUGCGAUGAUCACGACAUUUCCGAAAGUGAGAAGCCGGAUUCGGCAUCUGAUGAAGGGAUAGAGGAGCCCGCAGCCUUGGCAAUAACAUCGCUGAGUGCGGCUGCCGCUUCAGCGUCGUACAUGCAAGAGCUUGAAGAAGCUGAAAUCGAUCGUUUGUACUCAUUUUUGUCAGAAAUUCGGGUGCAACUCAUUGAGCGACGCAUAGCACACUUGGAAUCAAUCACAGAAUACGAAAGCUUUGCAGAUGGAUACAAGGAAAAAAAACUGAACGAAGAGAUGUCAAGGUCUAUUCUCCGGCGAAAAGAAUCAUUGUUGUCUUGUCAAUAUUGA